AGCCUUAAACCCAGGGAAAUGGAGUCCGCCGCCCGCAGUGCAGGAGUCUCCGAACCCAUACUGGCCAAAUACCGCCGUCUGAGCGCGUCACACACCAACGCCCUCGAGAGCUUUCCGAUCCUUGUCGCCGCACUGGUAUGCGGGAACUUUGCAGGUCUGAGGGGAAGGGUGAUGAACACUUACGCUUUGGGAUAUGCGGUACUGAGGAUUGGGUAUAAUUACGCGUAUGCGAGGCAGGAGACGCGCGUAGUUGCUGGAAUGAGGACGGUUUGCUUCUGGGUUGGGACGUGUGAGCCUGUUCCCUUAGGCAUUUCUGAACUGUGUGCUGAUUGA